CCCCGCCGCCUCCCGCAUCCCCGUGGAAGCGCAUGCGCGGGGUGGAGCCAGUUUAUUUGAAUCCGAGAGGUGGUGUUUGGAACCCGGAGGAUUUGGGAUCGCGGAGUGUAUAAGAACAUGUGCAGUAAUGUCAUCUCAAAAGAAAGUUAACUCUUGGGCACAAAAGAGGACUUCACAGGAUAGUAGUAGCUAUCAGACUAGACUCUCGGCCUGGAGAGUAAAAGAGGACCUAAAUGACUCAAAGAGCAUCUCAAAAUGUGGACAGAACAAUACUGUGGAAGAUUAUGAAGGUGCUGAUGAUCAAGCAGAAAACGCUCUGCAGAUAGCAUUGAGAUACUUUGAGAAAGGUCCCAUUAAAACUUCACAGAAUAAAGAGAAACACUUGAAAACUGUGGAAAAUGUGGCAUGGAAGAAUGGGUUAGCUCCAGAAGGAAUCGACAUUCUAUUAAGUGUGGCACUCAGUGGCAAAUUUGGGAGUGCUGUAAACACUCGGAUAUUCAAGUGUAUGAUUCCAGCAACUCUAAUAUCAGAAGAUUCUGUGGUUAAGGCGGUCUCCUGGCUUUGUGCUGGCAAGUGUUCUGGUAGCACCAAGGUGCUUUUUUAUCGUUGGCUGGUUGCAAUGUUUGACUUCAUUGAUCACAAGGAGCAAAUUAACUUGCUCUAUGGCUUCUUUUUUGCUUCAUUGCAAGAUGAUGCACUGGAACUAUACAGUCCGUGGAAUUCUCCAGGCCAGAAUAUUGGAUGCCCUUAUGUCUGCCAUUUGUUAUAUUUACUUACCAAAAAAGAGAAUGUCAAACCAUUUCGUGUGAGAAAACUGCUUGAUCUUCAGGCCAAAAUGGGAAUGCAGCCUCAUCUCCAGGCUUUGUUGUCACUGUAUAAAUUCUUUGUUCCUACUUUGAUUUCUGUAUCUUUGCCUAUGAGAAAGAAGAUCUAUUUUAAGAAUUCAGAGAAUCUGUGGAAGACCGCUCUACUUGCUCUGAAGCCAAGGAAUCAAGGAUUUCCUUCAGAACCUCUAAAGUUGAUGUUAGCUAACGUCUGUCCUAUAAAAAGAAAAUGGAAUUCUCACUCAAUUAUACCCGUGCUAAAUUCCUGUAACUACAGUAAAGAAAGUAGAAAAAAAAGGAUGAAUCUUUCUGAUUACCUCAGUAGCAAUGGAUCAUUUCCACUGGAACAGCUUAAAAGCUUCCCUCAACUCUUACAGAACAUUCAUUGCUUAGAGCUGCCUUCUCAGAUGGGCGCAGUGCUGAACAGCUCUCUGCUACUUCACUAUAUUAACUGUGUCAGAGAUGAGUCAGUCUUACUGAGGCUCUAUCACUGGUUGAGUCAAACAUUACAAGAAGAGUGUAAUUGGUACAAGGUGAAUAAUUAUGAUCAUGGAAAAGAAUUUGCCAACUUCCUGGACACUAUCCUCAGGGCAGAAUGCUUCUUACAAGAGGGGUUUUAUUCCUGUGAAGCAUUCCUGUAUAAGAGCCUUCCUCUCUGGGAUGGCCUCUGUUGUCGAUCACAGUUCCUUCAACUUGUGAGCUGGAUUCCUUUUAGUAGCUUCUCUGAGAUGAAGCCACUUCUUUUUGACCAUCUUUCACGGCUUUUCUUUACAUCAUCUAUUUUUUUCAAGUGUAGUGUUCUUCAGUGUCUGAAAGAACUACUGCAGAAUUGGCUGCUGUGGCUUUCUAUGGACAUCCAUGUGAAAUCUGUGAGGAACAGUCCUCUUUAUCUCCAAAUUUGUUAUGAGAAUGGAGAAAACAAGAUUCUUGGAAGUUGCCUGGAAAAUUUUUGUUUCUUCAUAUUCAUUAUUAUAGUGCUUCCAUAUAUCAUAGAGACAACUUUAGGUGGAUCCAUGAACUCUGUGUCUGAACUGAUUCACUACGUAGGAUGGCUGUCCACUACUGCAGUGCGCUUGGAAAGCAACCGUACUUUCUUGCUGCACUUUAUUUUGGAUUUCUAUGAGAAGGUGUGUGACAUAUAUAUAAAUUAUAACCUUCCAUUAGUGGUGUUGUUUCCUCCUGGGGUCUUCUAUCCUGUACUCCUCAGCCUGGAUUCCAGUAUCCUGAAUCAACUCUGUUACAUUAUGGACAGGUAUCAUAAAAAUUUGACUGCUGCAAAGAAAAAUGAGUUUGUGCACAAGACAAAAUCAGAGUUCAGCUUCAGCAGUAAGACCUAUCAAGAAUUUAAUCAGUAUUUGACAGCGAUGGUUGGUUGCCUGUGGACAUCCAGACCCUUCCAGAAAGGAUUAUAUAUUGACCCUGAAGUCUUAGGAAAUGCUUCAGUAGCAGAGUAUAAAAAAAGUUUAAAUUUAGUCCAUCAUCCUGCUUUUUUGAGUUACACUGUUUCCUUUCUGCUACAGGAAUGCCCAGAAGAAAGGAAAGUAAACAUGAGCUCUAUUCGGGGGAAGAAAUGGAACUUGUAUUUGGACUAUUUAUAUUCAGAGGGGUUACACGGCUUGAAACACUUCAUAAGAAGUAGUAUUCAUCGUUCUUCUGUCCCCUGAGCAGAGAGUGUAAACCACUUGAUCAACAUUUAUUUUUUAUGUUUCAUGUCACUGAUAUUUUAGCAUGAUAUUUUUAAAAAACUGUUAGCAGUCAUGUAAUAGAACAGACGUGGUGUUGGGGUCAAGCCAACCUAGGUUUGAAUCUCAUGUCUGCCACUCAUUAGUUUUGA